CGUUGAUCACGUGAGUGAUAGAUGACGUCACAACUUGUAAGUUGAAUUUAAUGAGCCAACGUCAUUCCCUGAUGCAUCGACCGGCUUUUGUCAUUUCUAUCUUUCUCUUUCUACCUUUUUCUUAUUCAUUAGACGCAGAGACCGUCAAGAGUGAGUUGCAAGUGAUUGACGCCGACGAUUUCCCGCGAUACGACUUACUCUUUAUUCGCACGCUCGACGGCGCUCUGCAUGCCGUCAACGAGCAAUCAGGACGCGAGCAGUGGGCAUUCCAAGACGAACCGAUAUUGAACGUGCCUUUGGACCACCGAGAUGUCGGGCCGAAUUUUCUUCCCGAUCCGACGGAUGGGAGUCUGUAUGCCCUGAAAAAUGGAAACGAUGGUCUUGAGAAACUUCCUUUCACUAUUCCUGAGUUGGUCCAGUUGUCACCUUGCCGUAGCAACGAUGGGAUACUCUAUACAGGUCGGAAGAACGAUUUGUGGUUUGCACUCGAUCCUACAACCGGCGAAAAGUUACAGGUUCUGACUACUGAAGGCUUUUAUACCACAUGUCCCGUGCUCGAUAGAAAACGCAGUUCGUUAUAUUUUGGUCGCACAGAGUACACUGUGACUAUGUUUAACAGUGAGACAAGGAAGAUAAUGUGGAAUGUGACUUACAAGGAUUACGCGUCGUCACCUUUGUCUUCGGGUGCUUCUCUUCCUGAUUUUUUGCUGUUCUCUGCAAGUGAUGGUACAGAUGGAGCUGUGUUGGUUGUGAAUGCGAGUACAGGCCAUCGUAUGUGGACCCAAACAUUUAAUUCUCCUGUUGUCUCCAUAUAUGCCGCCGGCUCUGACGGUCAAAUCAGAAAGAUGGCAUUAAAGAAUGUCGCCAUGGAGACCCUCCAUAGCUUCCUCGGCUCCACCGUUCUUACAAAGCAUUCCGUUUCUCACUCAGCAAGCUCGGAAGAUGGCGUGGAGAUUGACGACAUCGACGAUAACGAAUACAAAGAUCUCAAAUCUGCUCUAUACGUUGGUAAACAUCAAGGGAAACUUUAUGCGACCGUCUGUUUGGCCGAAGAGGCAAUCAGAUUACGGAAGCCGAACGUGCUGUUGAUCGACGGACCAAGUAUGAGUGGAGAUAAACGGUCGAAUUCUCUGCCGUUUCUACUUGGAUUAUACGAGAUGCCGAGGACGAAAUCGGCUCGUUUGAUACCUUCAGUACCUCAACUGACAUACGAACAUAACGAUGCAUCAAGCAUAGACAAGAUCAUAGAACCCAUAGACAAGCGAGACGACAGUCCACUAAAGGAGAGGAUGUCACCAAAGCAUCAGAAGAUGCCACCGUCACCGGAGGAUCGCGAUUUCAAUCAAGACGUUCGUCUGAUCCCGGGAUCCUACAUUGCGGCCGGUAUUGUCGCUGUUGUUGUGUUUAUUGCAUUGACGUUGUGUUUGGGAGCAAUUGGAGCAGCACUUGUGCUACGACAGAAAGGCGACGUGCCGGUGGUCAGUCGAGAACGUCAGGGAUCAGAUCGCAGACUGAGUGGAUCGUCGGCUAGUAGCAAACACAGUCAGCAUAGCAGCCAUCAUUCGGACGUUGAAGUAUUACAAGAGAGCUUUCAUAGCACAGCUUCUGGUGGAUCAAGCAGUGGCCUUGUUAGUGUAGGAAAGAUAUCGUUUAACGUCCGAGAUGUCAUUGGCAAGGGCUGUGAAGGGACGUUUGUGUACAAAGGCACAUUUGAUAACCGGGAUGUCGCUGUAAAACGGAUUCUUCCCGAUUGUUUCAGCGUGGCUGACAGAGAGGUUGAUUUGCUAAGAGAAUCGGAUCAGCAUUCAAAUGUUGUUCGCUACUUUUGUAUGGAGGAAGAUUCUCAAUUCAGGUACAUCGCUCUUGAGCUGUGCCAAGCCACUGUACACGAGUAUAUUGAACGGCACUCCCAUAGCCAAUACAACUGGACAGGCCUCAGUCAUCUCAGAGUCCUUCAUCAGGCAAUGUCUGGUAUAGCACACCUACACUCUCUGGGAAUUGUGCAUCGUGAUAUUAAGCCACAAAACGUUCUCAUAUCGCGACCGAAUGCUAAAGGAGAAGUUCGGGCCAUGAUAUCAGACUUUGGGUUAUGCAGAAAGCUUGGGAGUGGGCGUCGGUCAUUGUCAUUAAGAUCGGGCAUCGCUGGAACGGAGGGGUGGAUAGCACCAGAAAUGAUGGACUCGAACCAGAAAGUGACGCGUGCUGUUGAUAUUUUCUCAUCUGGUUGUGUCUUUUUCUACGUCUUGAGUGGCGGUAAACAUCCGUUUGAUCCGGUGCUUCAUAGACAAGCGAAUAUACAAGACAGGAAGAGCCCUAAGUUGGGAAGCAUAGGAAGCAACCUUGUGGCAAGAGAUUUGAUUCAGAAGAUGGUGUCGUACAUUCCUGAUGAGAGGCCUACAGCCCAGGCAGUCCUGUCUGACUGUUUCUUUUGGUCAAAGCCAAAGCAGCUUGCUUUCUUUCAGGACGUGAGCGAUCGUAUCGAGAAGGAGCCCUUGGACAGUGUGAUCGUGAGGGCAUUAGAAUCCGGUGGCUUGUCGGUCAUUAAGACCGACUGGAAGGACAACAUCACAGAAGAUCUACAGCAAGAUUUAAGAAAAUAUCGGACAUACAACGGAGACUCGGUUCGAGACCUCCUUCGUGCCAUGAGGAAUAAGAAGCAUCACUACAGAGAACUGAAUGAAGGCCUACAGGCGUCUCUCGGUCCCGUACCUGAAGGCUACAUCACAUACUUCACCAGUCGAUUUCCGAUGCUUCUACCACACACGUACACUUCAAUGAAGAUCUGUAGCCACGAGAGAAUAUUUCACACAUAUUACCAACCAUCAACCGACGACGCAACAUAA